GUCCCUCUCCCUCUGUCCCUCCAGCCGUGGCCGACGCUCCCGUCCUUCCCGCCCUCUGAUCCACCAACCUGCUGCACGAGAUUUUACGACAAUCAUGGGCGCCGUGUGCUGUCGACCAACGCCGAUAGACUUCGACGGGGAUGUUAACCUCUUCCACUUUGUUCUUCUUCGUUGUGUAGGCAAGGGAGCAUUCGGCAAGGUCCGCGUGGUACAGCACAAGCAGACACGCGAACUGUACGCACUCAAAUACAUUAACAAAACCAAAUCUGUGAAGAUGAAGGCUGUGGCGAACAUUAUACAGGAACGAAGACUAUUGGAAGAGAUCGACCAUCCAUUUAUUGUGAACUUGCGUUAUGCGUUCCAGGACGACGAGAACUGCUUUUUCGUGCUGGAUCUCAUGCUGGGAGGGGACUUACGAUUCCAUUUAGAACGGCUAGGAUCCCUACCGGAGGAGGUCGUGCGGUACUAUGUAGCUGAGAUCUCUUCAGCGCUGGCCUUCCUUCAUGAGAAGAAGAUCAUUCAUCGGGACCUCAAGCCGGACAACAUUCUUUUGGACGAGCGGGGUCACGCACACCUAACUGACUUCAAUAUCGCUGUACACUAUUCCGAACGUCGUCUGCUUCAUGGUGUUGCGGGCUCGAUGGCCUACAUGGCACCAGAAAUUCUGGCGAAGAAGGGAUACACCUACACCGUUGAUUGGUGGUCACUUGGUGUAUGCGCCUACGAACUUAUUUUUGGAAGGCGCCCAUUCCGCGGCAAGACAAACAGCGAUCUCACGCACAGCAUCGCUAAGGACCAACUGCGCUUCCCGGAGGACGCAGAGUCAAAGUGCAGCAGAGCAGGACUGCAGGCGUUGAAGGGGUUCCUCGAUCGUGAUCCCGCAAGACGUUUAGGAUGCAAGCCAGACGGUGAAGGUUUCGCAGAGCUUAAGACACAUCCGUGGUUCGAGAGCGUCGACUGGGACACCUUGGGGGAUAAGACGCAACCAGCGCCUUUCGUACCGGACUCCAAGAAGGCCAAUUUUGAUGCAUCCCACGAACUCGAGGAGCUUCUCUUGGAAGACAACCCGCUGAAGGCGCGCCAACGCAAGGUGCAAGAUAUCAACAACCUCAGUGCAGAGAUGCGGCAAAUGGAGGAGCAGUUCACUACGUACGAUUUCAAGAGGAUGCAGCGCCGCUCAUACUAUCCACAAAAUCAGCAGAUAGUCUCGACCGUUACCGCAACCUCUUCCUCCGGCGUCGUAUCCUCACGGCCAGUAACACCCACCACAAUGGCAGGUGACGGUGACAUCCGCCCGGACAGCGUCAACGGGUCUGCGUAUGGCCAUAAACCAAUGCACGAAACGGACGUGAUGACGAUGGACUCGAACGCGAUGCCCAUGCACGAUAUAACAGCAAGCGAGAAAGGACUGGCCUGCUAAGAGACUCUCGUCUGGUCGCUUUCUGAUGCUGGUCACUCUGUUUUCUCCGAACGCCUGGGAUCCCUGUCCCACGCCGCCCCGGUUAUGCGCUUCCCUUCUCUUGGGUGAACACAUAUCGAUAUCCCUAUUUGCACUAAUUAUGGUGGGCCGCGUCCUCCGCCGCAAAUGCCUCGGUUGAACUUUCAUAUCUCCCCAACCCCACUGCAACAGCACGUUCCCCAUGUAUACCUCAUGCAAGCUUCGUUGCCGGCCUCACGCUCCCUUGUUUCUGGCACCUGUCUUCCAUCCAGUUUGCGUGCGGCCCUUCCCCCGCCGUCCUUCGCUCGGCUGUACACUCUAGUAUACGCCCUAGAGUCGAUGUUACUCAGCUAGCUGCGCGCGUGCUGCCUGGUGAGCGGCUGCUAUGUUCACUCCUUUAGAACCUUCCGGGCCUCUCAUCUCUACCAGUUACUAUCCGCGUGUUUCACCCUUCUUUCGCCAACGUGUCAUUUCCACAAUUUACUAGUUUACAUAUAUCGGUACAUUCGGUAAUUAGCAUUGUCAUCGACUAUUCUCGAUCUCAUCACAGUGGCCCACUCAUGUAUUUUGCUUUACGUCGUCUCCUCCUUUCUUCUCAGGGUGGAUAGGAACAGAAUAGGUCUGUUGCAACGUCGCUACAAUACCACCUCGUUGUCG